CAGCAGCAGCAGCGUCGCGCCAGGGGAGGCGGACACGGACACGGACACGGACACGGAGCCGGAGCCGGAGCAGGCCCCGCCGACCGAGCCGCCAGCGGGCCGGAGACGAAGAGGCCGCCCGAGUUCGCCCCCACGCCGCGGCGGGAGGAGGAGCCGGCCGGUCCCCGAGGAUAUUUGAAGUGUACCGUACUAUUUUGAAAAUUCCGCGUGGACAAUGGCUACUCAAGCUGAUUUGAUGGAGCUGGACAUGGCCAUGGAGCCGGAUAGAAAAGCAGCUGUGAGUCAUUGGCAGCAGCAAUCUUACUUGGACUCUGGCAUUCAUUCUGGUGCCACUACCACAGCGCCUUCUCUCAGUGGGAAAGGCAAUCCCGAAGAGGAAGAUGUGGAUACCACCCAGGUGUUGUACGAGUGGGAGCAAGGCUUUUCUCAGUCAUUCACUCAAGAACAAGUGGCUGAUAUUGAUGGACAAUACGCCAUGACUCGAGCUCAGAGGGUCCGAGCUGCCAUGUUCCCUGAGACACUAGACGAGGGCAUGCAGAUCCCCUCUACACAGUUUGAUGCUGCUCAUCCUACCAAUGUCCAGCGAUUGGCCGAACCAUCACAGAUGUUGAAACAUGCUGUUGUAAAUUUGAUUAAUUAUCAAGAUGACGCAGAACUUGCCACACGAGCAAUCCCUGAACUGACAAAACUGCUAAACGAUGAGGACCAGGUGGUGGUCAAUAAGGCGGCAGUCAUGGUCCAUCAGCUUUCUAAAAAGGAAGCUUCCAGACACGCCAUCAUGCGUUCUCCUCAGAUGGUGUCUGCUAUUGUGCGCACCAUGCAGAAUACAAAUGAUGUGGAAACAGCUCGCUGCACCGCUGGAACCUUGCACAACCUUUCCCAUCAUCGUGAGGGCUUGCUGGCCAUCUUUAAAUCUGGGGGCAUCCCUGCUCUUGUGAAGAUGCUCGGUUCACCAGUAGAUUCAGUAUUAUUUUAUGCUAUUACAACUCUUCACAACCUUUUACUACACCAAGAAGGGGCUAAAAUGGCUGUACGCUUAGCUGGUGGGCUGCAAAAAAUGGUUGCCUUACUCAACAAGACAAAUGUUAAGUUCCUGGCAAUUACAACAGACUGCCUUCAGAUUUUAGCUUACGGCAAUCAAGAAAGCAAGCUCAUCAUUCUGGCCAGUGGUGGACCUCAAGCUUUAGUAAAUAUAAUGAGGACCUAUACUUACGAGAAACUACUGUGGACCACAAGCAGAGUACUGAAGGUGCUGUCUGUAUGCUCUAGUAAUAAGCCAGCUAUUGUAGAAGCUGGUGGAAUGCAAGCUUUAGGCCUUCACCUGACAGAUCCAAGUCAACGUCUUGUUCAAAACUGUCUUUGGACUCUAAGGAAUCUUUCAGAUGCUGCAACUAAACAGGAAGGAAUGGAAGGUCUUCUUGGGACCCUUGUUCAGCUUCUGGGCUCAGAUGAUAUAAAUGUGGUGACCUGUGCAGCUGGAAUUCUUUCUAAUCUCACCUGCAAUAAUUACAAGAACAAGAUGAUGGUGUGCCAAGUGGGUGGUAUAGAGGCUCUUGUGCGUACUGUCCUUCGUGCAGGCGAUAGGGAGGACAUCACUGAACCUGCCAUUUGUGCUCUUCGUCAUUUGACCAGUCGACACCAGGAAGCAGAGAUGGCCCAAAAUGCUGUUCGCCUUCACUAUGGACUCCCAGUUGUGGUUAAGCUUUUGCAUCCACCAUCCCAUUGGCCUCUGAUCAAGGCUACUGUUGGAUUGAUUCGAAAUCUUGCCCUUUGUCCAGCAAAUCAUGCACCUUUGCGUGAGCAGGGGGCCAUUCCACGAUUAGUUCAAUUGCUGGUUCGUGCACAUCAGGAUACCCAGCGCCGUACAUCUAUGGGUGGAACCCAGCAGCAAUUUGUGGAGGGGGUCCGCAUGGAAGAAAUAGUUGAAGGCUGCACUGGAGCCCUUCACAUCCUAGCUCGGGAUGUUCACAACCGAAUUGUAAUCAGAGGACUAAAUACCAUUCCAUUAUUUGUGCAGCUCCUUUAUUCUCCCAUUGAAAAUAUCCAAAGAGUAGCUGCAGGGGUCCUCUGUGAACUUGCUCAGGACAAGGAGGCUGCAGAAGCUAUUGAAGCUGAGGGAGCCACAGCACCUCUGACAGAAUUACUCCACUCGAGGAACGAAGGUGUUGCAACAUAUGCAGCUGCUGUUCUGUUCCGAAUGUCUGAAGAUAAGCCACAGGAUUACAAGAAAAGACUUUCAGUUGAGCUGACCAGUUCUCUCUUCAGAACAGAGCCAAUGGCUUGGAAUGAGACUGCUGAUCUUGGACUAGAUAUUGGUGCCCAGGGAGAACCUCUUGGAUAUCGCCAGGAUGAUCCCAGCUAUCGUUCAUUUCACUCUGGUGGAUACGGCCAGGAUGCCUUGGGGAUGGACCCCAUGAUGGAGCACGAGAUGGGGGGCCAUCACCCUGGUGCUGAUUAUCCAGUUGAUGGUCUGCCAGAUCUAGGCCAUGCACAGGACCUCAUGGAUGGGCUGCCUCCAGGUGAUAGCAAUCAGCUGGCCUGGUUUGAUACUGACCUGUAAAUCAUCCUUUAGGAAUAACAAUACAAAUGGAUUUUGGGAGUGACUCAAGAAGUGAAGAAUGCACAAGAAUGGAUCACAAGAUGGAAUUUAUCAAACUCUAGCCUUGCUUGUUAAAUCUUUUUUUUUUAAUAUCUGUAAUGGUACUGACUUUGCUUGCUUUGGAAGUAGCUCUUUAAUUUUUUUCCAGUAACUGUUAGUUUUUUAAGUCUCUUGUAGUAUUAAGUUAUAGUGAAUACUGCUACAGCAAUUUCUAAUUUUUAAGAAUUGAGUAAUGGUGUAGAACACUAAUUCAUAAUCACUCUAAUUGUAAUCUGAAUAAAGUGUAACAUGUGUAGCCUUUUGUAUAAAAUAGACAAAUAGAAAUGGUCCAAUUAGUUUCCUUUUUAAUAUGCUUAAAAUAAGCAGGUGGAUCUAUUUCAUGUUUUUGAUCAAAAACUUUAUUUGGGAUAUGUAUGGGUAGGGUAAAUCCAUAAGAGGUGUUAUUUGGAACCUUGUUUUGAACAAUUUACCAGUUGCCUUUUAUCCCAAAGUUGUUGUAACCUGCUGUGAUACAAUGCUUCGAGAGAAAAUGCGGUUAUAAAAUGGUUCAGAAUUAAACUUUUAAUUCAUUCGA